CAGCGGGCGAGGGAUCCUGCCCCGCCAGGAGAGCGGUGCUCUCCCGCCACAGGGCGGGAUGCUACCCUCCAGGGGAAAGGGAUGCUGAUCGGCGAGCAGGGAGCGACGCUUUCCCACCGGAGGAAGGAGGCGGUGAGCAGAUAAAAAGAUGAAAGCCUCGGUCAUGCUUUGCAGCAAAUUUCAUGUAACACGCGAGGGGAACUGAAGCAGAAACCAAAGCCAAGGCAAAGCAGCAUCUGACCUUGUCACUGGGGGGCAGAAAACAGCCACUGCUUCCACUAGUGCUUCCAUCAAGCUCCCUGGGCAAUGUGGAAUUGCAGAGAGCUCACAAAGUGCAAGUUCCUUCCAGGUCCGUGGGGUGAAUAAAAAUUGUUAAUUCUUGGCUUGAUUUGUCAUCCUUUGGGGGAAAAAAAAAAAACAGGUAUGUCAAACUGGCCAUUAUACAGUUAGACCAAACACAACUGGAAGUGGGUUGCUCCAGAGAUGAGAGUGACUGAGGCCAGCAAAGCCAAGGAGAAGCCUGUUCAGCUGCACAUCUACCCGGGAUUCCUUGGAGAGGUGAUAAAGUGAGUAAUAAGGCAAAGUGGGAGUUAUAAAGUGGAUGCGACAGCUCCAGCAGAACUUCUUCUCACUGCCACAUAGGCUCGUUACAAAGCAACUAACAUUAUUUGGAAAUCUGUUUGAGGAAGAAAAUGCACUGUGAGCAUCUCUGCAGUUCUUGUGUCUGAAGCAUUGAUCAGGAAAAUCGGCAGCGCAACGCCAACAAAGGAGAAGAGAAUAUGGUGAAGGCAGCCAAGGAAAUUGAAAUGGAGAACCCAAGAGAGGCAGAGACUCCCAGCACAGGGGCCACAUGCUCCCCACCAGAGGAACAAGCAAAAAAGCCCUCCAUGCUGUGCUUUAAGAAGCGGAAGAAGUCCUGUAAGAAGGGGCUGACUGUGAAGGAUGCGUGCGAAGGAGCCUCAGAGGAGAAAAGCCAAUGUGUCAGCACUGACCAAGAGGAGGCCAAAGCUUCCAAUGCAUCACGAUCCUCCAAAGGAACCUGGGCAGCCAUCAAAAACCUUGCCAGGCCUCAGAGAAGGCAGAAGUCCUCCUCACGGAAGAAGGUGCCCUCUGAUUCCCAAGUGCAGCUGGAGGUGGAUGCUGAGGAGAGCUGUGCACAAGACCUCCCAAAGAAACGGGCGAGCUCUGGGGUGAAGAUGCCCUGUGUGAGGUUCUCCAGAGGUAAGAAAAAAUCCAGCCCCUCAGAAGCAGUGGAGGAGUCAGAAGGCAGUGUUCAAGCAAAUGAAGUGAUGGGUGUUGUGAAUAAGGCUAGUGAAGAGCCAGAGGAUUUGGCCCCGACAGACAAAUCUGAAUCCCUCAGCCCAGUCUCUGCACAGCAGGAGCAGGAUAAGGUGAAGCAGGAGCAGCAUAGAAUGAAGGAGGACCAGGAUACAAUGAAGAAGGACCAGGCUACAGUGAAAGAGGACAACCAUAUAGCAAAGGAAAGCGACACCUCUGCUGGGAAGAGUGAGCCCUUGACAGAGCCCACACGUGAUGCAGAAGAAAAUUCGGAGUGCACUGUUCAGUUGGAGAUAACCAGUUCAGAGACAUUUGAUGAAACAGCCCAGGACAAACUGCAGGAAGGGAGUCUGCUCCCAACCACCAACGAUGUGGAGGGCAGGGAAGUUGCUCCCGAAGCGCCUGCUUCAAAAGAUCAACCUGACAAUGCCCCUGAAAUCACAGAGUGCCAGGAAAUCCCCGGUAUCUGCAAAGAGAUGCCUGAAAGGGGUGAAUUGGAAAAGAGCAUAAAUCUUUCUAAGGAGUGCAAAGCCGAGGAGACUGUAACUGAUUUCAGUGAGUUGGCAUCUGGAGGGGAUGCAGCGAGUGUGCAGGAGGCAGCAAGUGUGCAGGAUGCAGUGAGCGUGAAGGAUGCAGUGAGUGUGCAAGAGGCAGCAAAUGUGCAGGGUGCCACAAGUGUGCAGGAGGCAGAGAGUGUGCAGGGUGCCACAAGUGUGCAGGAGGCAGAGAGUGUGCAGGAUGCAGAGAGCGUGAAGGAUGCAGCAAAUGUACAGGAUGCAGCAAGCAUGAAGGAUACAGUAAGUGUGCAGGAUGCCAUGAGUGUGCAGGAUGCAGCAAGCAUGAAGGAUGCCGUGAGUGUGCAGGAUGCAGCAAGCAUGAAGGAUGCAGUGAGUGUGCAGGAGGCAGCAAGGGUGCAGGAUGCCACAAAUGUGCAGGAUGCAGAGACUGCACAGGAGACAGCGAAUGUGCAGGGUGCAGGAAGUGUGAAGGAUGUAACAAGCAUGAAGGAUGCAGUGAGUGUGCCAGAUGCCACAAGUGUGCAGGAUGCAGUGAGUGUGCAGGAGACAGUGAGUGCCCAGGAUGUAGCAAGCAUGAAGGAUACAGCAAGUGUGAAGGAUGCAGUGAGUGUGAAAGAUCCAGCAAGCCUGCAGGAUGUCACAAGUGUGCAGGACACAGUGAGUGUGCAGGAGACAGUGAGUGCCCAGGAUGUAGCAAGUGUGGAGGAUGCAGCAGGUGUGCAAGAGGCAGCGAGUGUGGAGGAUGCAGCAGGUGUGCAGGAGGCAGUGAGUGUGGAGGAUGCAGCAGGUGUGCAAGAGGCAGCGAGUGUGGAGGAUGCAGCAGGUGUGCAGGAGGCAGUGAGUGUGGAGGAUGUAGCAGGUGUGCAGGAGACAGUGAGUGUGGAGGAUGUAGCAGGUGUGCAGGAGGCAGUGAGUGUGGAGGAUGCAGCAGGUGUGCAGGAGGCAGUGAGUGUGGAGGAUGUAGCAGGUGUACAAGAGGCAGUGAGUGUGGAGGAUGCAGCAGGUGUGCAGGAGGCAGUGAGUGUGGAGGAUGCAGCAGGUGUACAAGAGGCAGUGAGUGUGGAGGAUGCAGCAGGUGUACAAGAGGCAGUGAGUGUGGAGGAUGCAGCAGGUGUGCAGGAGACAGUGAGUGUGGAGGAUGUAGCAGGUGUGCAGGAGGCAGUGAGUGUGGAGGAUGCAGCAGGUGUGCAGGAGGCAGUGAGUGUGGAGGAUGCAGCAGGUGUGCAAGACUCAGUCAGUGUGGAGGAUGCAGCAGGUGUGCAAGAGUCAGUCAGUGUGGAGGAUGCAGCAGGUGUGCAGGAGGCAGCAAGUGUGCAGGAAUACUCCAGCCAUCAAAUACUAGAAGCAAAUACAGGUGCUGGUGUCAGCAUCGUCAUCACCAUCACUGAAGCUGAGGACUCUGACAACACCGACUCUGACCAGGCCUACGAGCCGUCCCCAGUUUUGCACCAAAAAAAGCAAAAAGGGAAUAAAAAAUCAAACAGGAACGCUGAUGUUGGUCAAAAAGAGGGCCCCGAGGCUGGUGGUGGUCCCCAGGCAGAGGAGAAAGGUCUGGGUGACCAGGGGCACAGAACUGGGGAGCAGUACGAGUUGCUCCUCAUAGAAACCGCCUCCUCCCUCGUGAAGGCGGCCAUUCAGUCAUCCAUAGAGCAGCUGGUCAGCGAAAUGGCGCUGGAACAGAAUAAGCACAACAGCUUUCUGUGAUGGCAGCCUUGGCCCAAAGAGAAAGGGCAGAGGGAGUGAUUUCAAGCUCCAUUUGGCCUGCGGGGUGUGUGGAGAACUGGGAGAGCUCCCGGGGCCGCGGUGUAGUUAAUUCUGCAUGCCCGUUCAGUUGUGUCCAUGUGAAACGGAUCCCGGGACGUGGGCAGACCCUGCUGAGGGCAGUGUGUCCCCUGGGGCUUCAGACAGCGCCACUGACCACAGCUGUGGAAAAAUUAAGGUGUUACAGCGACUGUAUUUUCACUUAUUGGCACAUUUAUGUCACAGCCACAUUUCUGCUGUCCCCCGAGCCCCGUUUCCCCGCUGCUCACGCUGUCGAUCUGUGCACACGGAAGAAAGGCCCUGAGAGGCAGUGAGUGCCCAACCUGCUGCUGGGCUGGAUUCGGGGCACACUGAAACAGCUGGGGGCUUGCUGGGCCUUUAUUACAGAUGAGGAAGAGCCAAGUGUCUGCAAUAUUAACAAGAAAACAUCCAUGCCAGGCUGUGCUUUGUGCCGUGAACUGGCCCUCGCUGCGCUCAGGCGCCAGGAGCCGCGGUCACUGCUGCGGCACGAAGCCGGCGGGUUCCAGCGAGUUCUCUCCUUCCUUUGCUCGGCCUCUCGCCCUGUCAGGAGCAGCCUGUGCAUCUCCAGACACGCUACAGCUCAGCAUCACCCUCGUCUUGCUGACCCCGGGCUGCGCCAACGCCAAGAAAGCGACAGCGCCUCGUCUGUUGGGGGGGCCCUUCUCGCACCAUUGAACUCGACGGGCAAAAUUCCCUGCGGGAUCACGGGCUUGGCCGGGCAGGAGCAGCCCUGCCGCCGGCAGCCCCUCUCCUCGCUCGCCUUCCUCCGUCCCCAUCCCGGUGUCGUGCCGAAGCUCUCCUCGGAUGUAGCAUUUUUUAUCCAUGGCAUGUGAUAUAAAUAGCAGUGAGCUGCAUGCGUGUUAGCAGUCAGCAUAGUUUGGGAAGCUGCAAUGUGCUGCCGGCGUUGGGAUUGCUUUGAUUUGGUCUGAGUGCCGCUGGCAUCCCCGGCUGCUGGCGGAGCCUGUCCCGCACCGCUCCCCGCUCAAAGCCCUCCCGCCUUCAUCCAGCCCAGGCAUCCCUUGGGAAUCUGCGUUGUGCCCGGCUCGCUGCCACCAGGCUCUGGCACGCCAUGUAGCUCGCUCUGAAACAUGAAGGGAAAUGCUGGAGCAAUCUUACCAAAGUCCUCAGGGAAAAAAAUCCUGACAUUAGGCCUGAGGACAUGGCUGGAAAAUGCCUGGACAAGCCUACUGCUGUCAGACCCCAGAACUGCCCUGCCCCGAGGGGUUUGCACCGGCGCAGCGUGUGUGAGCGAGCAUCGCCUCCAGCUACCUGCACUCCAGGAGAAAGGGGCCUUUUAAUAAUAUGGGAUUGCAUCUGCGUGGCUGGGAUUUGUGUCCAGCUGUGGCAAGGCAGUGUGUUCCUCUGAGAAAAUUCUCCUGAGUGUUCCUCAGCCGGCACAGAAAUAGCAGCCGUGCUUGGUGAUUGCUCACUGACCGUGUGCUGAGAUUUCCCUUCCCAGCACAGACUUUGGAUUCUUGCUAAAAUACAAGGGCUGUACCUGUCCCUCCUACCUGGUGCAUAAACAUGUUUUAAACCUUGAUAAAACAUCUCCUCGAUGUCACAAGAGGACUGCGAGCAGCAAGAGCCACAGCUCAUCUCUGUGCAAGUAAAACUUAAAAAAACCCAGAGGGUGGUAAAGAAAAAAAAGUGUCUUUUUCUUCCUGUGAAUUUGUUUAUUAAGUUAUCAGCUAUUGAUAAUUCAGUGUGUACCAUUUUAAUGGAUUUGUACUUCAUACUGGUCCUUCCAGGUAUUUUGCCAUAGUUUUGAAAAAGGGACUUUUAAAGGACUUUUAGAUGUACCUUUGGAGCUGCCACAGCACCUCAGGAAGAGCCAUUCUGGUGCUUAUGGGAGAGGCUUAUGGGAUUACACUGGGCACUGUGGCAGGCUGGUGCUGAGCAAAGGGCUGCAGCAUUGCUGUGGGAUCCCACUGGAGUCGAAAGCAGAGGAGGAUGUCCAAGCUUUAGUAAAUAAACACAAAAUUACCCCACAGGGCCAGGCUGUCAUCCUCUGUCAGCCUGCUAAGCUGUUUUGGGAGGAUUUGAUGUUGUUUCAGUAUUGCCUUUUAGGUGAAACACAUCUUCAAAAAAGGAGGAGAAUGGCAGAAAUGCCCAGUCCUGCCCUGUGACUUGCUCCGUGUCAGGGGUUGGGUUUGCAUCCUCUCUCUUGUAUCUGGUUUUCCCUCUGUUAUAGCUGUACAUAGAACUGAUGAUUAUUUCAUUAAAGCUGAAUGUACCUGU